CCUUGUUGUUCGAGGGCGCAUUGCGUGUUUGCAGGUUCCCUGGCCUCCGUGUGUAAAGCUUCCGCAGCCAGAUGGAGUCGUACCGGUCGACGACAGAUCCCUGUGCGGGCAAUGGCGGGGGGUUCCAGACCCAGGACAUGCGACAGCAAGGAUCUGUCCACUACUCCACGCCUUCGCCGUCGAGUGUGCAAUCCUUCGGCGGGCAGAUGCAGGAGGUUGUGCGCGCGGGGCCGAUUCAAGUGCCUCCUGCUCGUGCGGGCUCACCAUUUGUCCAUCAUGUGGAUGCUGCACGUCGGUGGUUCGUUGUUCGACCCACUGCAGAAAGUCUGCACGCGGGCGCCGUGCACACGGGCCAGACGUCGUUUUGCACACAGGUUGGAGGCGGGUAUGGCAUGCCUUCUCCGCAAAUGUUCCCGGGGGCCGGCGGAUAUGGCAUUGCGCCGCACGUGUACCCCGCCCAACAUACUCUGGAAAGGGGCGGAGUGAUGAGGGACGAGUGGCAGUGGUCCCCACAGUGCCGACAACCGUUGCAGCCCAUGCCGGUGCAUGGCGGGUUGUCAGCUCCCUCGCCCAUGUCGGUGCUGCGGUCUGCUGCCGAGGCCUCACCUUCGUUGGCAGAAGUUCAACGAGAGGAUAUGGACGAGGGGUGGCCUGUCCAUAGUCGUGCUCCAUCUCCUGCCGGCUUGCAAGGUCCUUCCUUUGGUGGCGAGGAAGACGACUUCGUUGGCGACGAUGAAGUUGAAGGUGAUGGCGGUGACGUUGAUGGGCGAAACUCGGACAACGCGCAGGAGGAGAGGGACAGUGCUACUGUCGGGCAGAGAGAUGGGGGCGAGAAUGAAGUGGGGCCCCAAACCAGCAAGCGUGCAAACAAGCGGGGGGGGAAAGAUGCUGCUGCAAAAAUCGAGAAGCAAAACAUCCCCUGGUCCUUGGAUGAGAGGAUCGCGCUGUCCAGAAUUAUGGCCGAGGACGACGCCCUUAUGGCCGACGUCGAUGGGCAGCAUCGGUUUAAGCGGAGCAAGGACCGGUAUGAGUGGGUGCACGAUCGGAUGGAGGAGUUGGGGUUUCCGCACAGGUCGGCGAAGGAUUGUCGUCAGAAGUGGCAGGGCAUGAUGGCUGCCGCGAAGUUGAUUCUCGACAAGUGUGAGAAUGCUUCGGGAAAACCUUCCUACUGGAACAUGACCCUUGAGGAGCGGAACGCGGAGCAGGUUCCACUAGGCUUUGAGAAAGCUCUGUGGGAAGCGAUGGAGUGGAAACUGAAUCGGGCUUCCAUCAAGUGCGACAAGACGCUGGCGUCGGAGAACCUGCCAGCUAACGCGGGGGGGAAUUCUUCGAGUGGCGGUCCUGCACGGCCGUCGUCGGGGRGGAGCGCUUCUGACAAGAAAGCAACGGAGAAUUCGGACCACGCAGCGAAGACACGGAGGACAAACACCGGCAAAGCGAGGAUGGACGACACGAUCAGCGGAGGGACAGCAUUUGGUAGGGCGAUGGAGGACGCGACAAGGUCUUACGGCGAGGGUUUGGAUAAGGCCGCUGCAACUCUGGCGAGGGCGACGUCGGAGGCAGGCUCGACGAUUGCGGCGAAGAUCGGUGACAUGGAGGAUGCCAUGCGUGGCGGGAACACUGUCCUUGAGAUGCUUGUGGGGGUUCUCGCAAGGCGUGGAGGUGGGGGGAACAGAGCUGCAUACGAUAGGGGGGAUACAGACCCCUCUUCGCGGUAAAAUAUAUAUAUAUUUGUUCUAUUUGUGACGAUAUAUAUAUAAAGAUGGGUACCGGCUGUCGUUUCCCACCCCCGACG